AUGCAGGGCAAGAGAGUCUUCAUCAAGGAUAUCGACCACUACUUGCUUCCGCCAGCUGGAAAACCAGCCAGUAUAGCCCCUUCGCUGCGUCGCAUCAAGCGCGGCGUUGGCACCACCACCAACGGCGAUUCCCACGCCCCGGCCAAUGGGGUGAACGGUGCUACAAAUAGCACCACUCACACCAACGGCCAUGCCACCGCGCCGACCAACGGCGUUGCCAACGGCACCUCGAAUGGUACCAAUGGCACGGUGAGCAACGGGGUCACCAACGGCCAUGCCACCAAUGGUGUGACCAAUGGAGUCCACGAGGUCAAUGGCCACGGCACCAACGGCACCUCCAACGGGACCACCAACGGCGUCUCACGUCGACCAUACCCGUACGACACACCCGCCGAGGCAGGCAACCCAACCGUCAUGCCUCGCGAGAUCCAGGAGCGAUUCCAUUUCGCCUUCCUCAUCCGCGACCCGCACUUCAGUGUGCCCUCGUACUACCGCUGCACGAUCCCGCCCUUGGACGAGGUCACCGGGUUCCAUAACUAUGACCCCCGAGAGGCCGGGUAUGAUGAGCUGCGGCGACACUUUGACUACCUCGUUCGUGAGGGACUCGUGGGACCGCGAGUAGCGACCCGGCCCGACGUCAAGGUUGAAGCAUGUGCAGCCAAGGAGACUGUUCAUGAAAUUUGUGUCAUUGAUGCGGAUGAUAUGCUUGAUUCUCCGGCGGCGACGAUCGAGGCGUUCUGCAAGAGCGUUGGGGUCCCGUAUGAUCCGUCUUUGUUGACGUGGGAUACGCAGGAGGAUUAUGACUUUGCGUGUCACUGCUUCGAGAAGUGGCGUGGGUUCCAUAAUGAUGCGAUUGAGUCGAAGGCACUGGUUGCGAGAGCGCAUAAACGUGCCCGCAAGACCGAGGAAGAGUUUGAUGCCGAGUGGACGAAGAAGUAUGGUCCUGAGGCUGCAGCUCUCAUCCGCAAGGCCGUCGACGAGAACAUGGAAGACUACUUGUAUCUGAAGCAGUUUGCCGUGAAGGUCUAACUGCCCAGAGGUAGACACAGCCAUGCUCCAUGUUGAUUCCAUCCAUAAACAUGGAUCUGUUCCAAUGAGCACUGAAUCAUGAGCAUGGGGGGAGGGCAGCAGGGAAGAAAGCGAGAAGAAGUAUGGAAGGAAUCAGACCCAAAGCCUGGGAGUCUCAGGGGAGCGGGGGGCCAUAUAUUCCCUCUCAACCCCGGGCCAAACGACCGAUUAUGAACCACUAUUCUUAUUAUUACCGCACCGUGCCAUGUUCAACCCUACAUUCCCCCUUCAAUUUCACCCCCUGUUAUGUUGGAUGUUACAGCCCGCGAUGAGAACGAUUUAGUCCCGAUCACGCCAUCCCCGAGCUUCGCCCACCCAUCAUUCCUGUGAGGCGGGAUGAUGAUCAUGUA